CCUGUGUGUGUGUGUGUGUGUGUGUGUGUGUGUGUGUGUGUGUGUGUGACAGAGAGAGCGCGCGCGAGAGGAGAGAGCGAGAAAGAGAGAGAGCAAGAGCGAGCUGCGAGCCGGGCUGCCGCCGCCGCUGCCCUUUGAUCCCGACAUUAGUGUUAGGGGCUCGGAGAUACAGCGCGCGGCCAUAGACACCGCCGCACCGGCGCUCAUUUAUUUAUGCCUCCCAUCACACACGCGAGCACAGGACACACACACACACUCACACCUAUUUGAUCCGUUUCCAUUGAAGAACAUUACGCUCGGGGACAAGCCAGGUGCACGACCAAAAAUUAAAAAAAAAAAAAAAAAAGGAAAAAAGAAAGGAAAGAAAAGAAGAAAACCCCUCUUCUGGCUCCAGGAAACAAGCUUCAGCCCAUUGCACACACCGGAGAGAAGGGGUUUCCCCCUGCCCGCCCGCCCGCCCCCCAACUACCUCCCAGCUCCUGCCAGUGUCUGCCUCUCUGCCCCCACGGGGGUUUAUUUGAUCUCACAUUAACCAAGGAGGAGAAUGUGAGAAAAGGGGGAAAAUGCCCAGGAGGAAGCAGGAGCAGCCCAAGCGCCUUCCCUCACAUGUUAGUAGGCAGGAAGAGGCGGAGGGAGAACUCAGUGAAGGAGAGCACUGGUAUGGAAACUCCUCAGAGACUCCAUCAGAAGCGUCCUAUGGAGAAGUGCAGGAGAACUUUAGGCUGUCCCUGGAGGACCGGACACAGCAGCAGUCCACCUCCCCCGACACCUCCUUGGGCAGCGCGACCCCCAGCAGUCACACGCUGGAGCUGGUGGCGCUCGACGGUGACGUCCUGCGAGACUCACUGCAGUGUCAAGACCACCUGUCCCCUGGCGUGGCGUCUCUGUGUGACGAUGACCCCCCAGGCCCCACCAAGCCCCUGAGCAGCAACCUGAGGCGGCUGCUGGAGGCCGGGUCCCUCAAGCUGGGUGCCACAGCCACGGCCAACGGCAGGGUGGAGUCCCCGGUGACCGUGGGCGCAAACCCGUCCUUUUCCCCGCCGUCCCACCAUGCCCAGCAGCUCAGCGUUCUCGCCAGGAAGCUCGCCGAGAAGCAGGAACAGAACGACCAAUACACUCCAAGUAACCGUUUCAUAUGGAAUCAAGGUAAGUGGUUGCCACACUCAACCACCACCUGCGGCUUGUCCCCAGAUUCAGCCAUCCUGAAACUGAAAGCGGCAGCCAACGCCGUUCUGCAGGACAAAUCUCUCACCAGGACUGAGGAGGCCGUGCGAUUUGAGUCCUUUUCCUCCCCUUUUAGCUCCCAGUCUGCCAGCUCCACCUUGGCAGCUUUGUCCAAGAAAGUCAGCGAGAGAAGCUUGACUCCUGGCCAGGAGCACCCGCCUCCGGCCAGCUCUUUCCUUUCCCUGGCCUCCAUGACCUCCUCGGCGGCCCUCCUGAAGGAGGUGGCAGCGAGGGCCGCGGGGAGCCUUCUGGCCGAGAAGCCGUCCCUGGCGCCCGAGGACCCCCCGCCGCCGCCCUCGGAGAAGCAGCAGGAGAAGGUGACACCGCCGCCACCGCCGCCGUCCUUGGAAUUACUGUUACUCCCAGUUCCCAAGGGGAGAGUGUCUAAGCCCUCCAACCCAGCCUCCGAAGAGGAAAGCGGAAAGCCUUUCCAGUGUCCAAUAUGUGGUUUGGUUAUAAAAAGGAAGAGUUACUGGAAGCGGCACAUGGUGAUUCACACAGGUUUAAAAAGUCAUCAGUGUCCACUCUGUCCAUUCCGGUGUGCUCGCAAGGACAAUCUCAAAUCCCACAUGAAGGUUCAUCAGCACCAGGACCGGGGAGAGACUUUUCAGUGCCAGCUAUGCCCUUUCACUUCCUCACGCCACUUCAGCCUGAAACUCCACAUGCGUUGCCAUCAGCACUUCCUGAGGACAGAAGCCAAGGUGAAGGAGGAGAUCCCAGACCCAGAUGUCAAGGGAUCUCCCCACCUCAGUGACAGUGCCUGCCUGGGGCAGCAGAGGGAAGGAGGAGGGACAGAGCUAGUGGGGACCGUGAUGACGUCCAGCACUCCAGAGAGGACUAGCCAGGGUGGGGCUGGCGUCUCGCCUUUGCUGGUGAAGGAGGAGCCCAAGGAAGAUAACGGCCUGCCAACCUCCUUUACUCUGAAUGCUGCCGACAGGCCGGCCAACCACACAAAGCUGAAAGACCCCUCCGAGUAUGUGGCCAACAGUGCGUCAGCAUUGUUCAGCCAGGACAUCUCUGUUAAGAUGGCGUCUGAUUUUCUCAUGAAGCUGUCAGCUGCAAAUCAGAAGGAGCCCAUGAAUCUAAAUUUUAAAGUGAAAGAGGAGCCUAACGAAGAGGAGGCCUUAAGCAUCACGUUGCCUCGGUCCAGCUAUGUGUUCAGCCCGGAAUCAGAAGUGACAGCCCCGAGCAUCUCUGAGGACCUCCAUAAGCCCCAGGAAGGGAAGGGGGCUGUGCUAAGGCAGGAUAUGUCAGUCAAAGCAGCGUCUGAGCUUCUUAUGAAACUAUCAGCGGAAAGCUACAAGGAAACUCAGAUGGUGAAGAUUAAAGAGGAACCCAUGGAGGUUGACAUCCAGGACUCCCAUGUCUCGAUAUCACCCAGCCGGAAUGUUGGCUAUAGCACUUUAAUUGGGCGAGAGAAAACCGAACCCUUACAGAAGAUGCCAGAGGGCAGAGUGCCCCCAGAGAGAAACCUCUUCAGUCAGGAUAUCUCUGUGAAGAUGGCUUCUGAGCUUCUCUUCCAACUGUCAGAAAAAGUGAGCAAAGAGCACAAUCACACAAAAGAAAACACCAUCCGGACGACCACCAGCCCUUUCUUUUCAGAAGAUACAUUUAGACAAUCACCAUUCACCUCCAACACAAAAGACCUGCUGCCCAGUGAAUCUGUGCUUCAUGGAAGAAUAUCAGCUCCAGAAACAGAAAAGAUAGUUCUAGAGGCAGGAAAUGGAUUGCCAUCCUGGAAAUUCAACGACCAGCUUUUUCCCUGUGACGUGUGUGGGAAGGUGUUCGGCCGACAGCAGACGUUGUCGCGACAUCUCUCGCUGCACACAGAGGAAAGAAAAUACAAAUGCCACUUGUGCCCCUAUGCUGCUAAGUGCCGCGCAAACCUCAACCAGCACCUGACUGUCCAUUCAGUGAAGCUGGUGAGCACGGACACUGAGGACAUUGUCAGCGCCGUCACCUCCGAAGGCAGUGACGGGAAGAAGCACCCUUAUUACUACAGCUGUCACGUGUGCGGAUUUGAGACUGAGCUCAAUGUCCAGUUUGUCAGCCACAUGUCACUCCACGUGGACAAGGAGCAGUGGAUGUUUUCGAUCUGCUGCACCGCCUGCGACUUCGUCACCAUGGAGGAAGCAGAGAUAAAGGCUCACAUUGGUACCAAGCACACAGGAGAAGAUAGGAAGACACCCAGUGAAUCAAACAGCCCCUCUUCAUCCUCUCUCUCAGCUCUGAGUGAUUCAGCCAACAGCAAAGAUGAUUCAGAUAGCUCUCAGAAAAACAAGAAUGCAAACAACCUACUGGUCAUCUCUGUUGUGCCUGGGAGCCAGCCCUCACUGAACAGUGAGGAAAAGCCAGAGAAAGGGUUCGAAUGCGUUUUUUGCAACUUUGUCUGCAAGACGAAGAAUAUGUUUGAGCGCCAUCUGCAGAUCCACCUCAUCACCCGGAUGUUUGAGUGUGACGUGUGCCACAAGUUCAUGAAGACCCCCGAACAGCUGCUGGAGCAUAAGAAAUGCCACACUGUCCCCACCGGUGGGCUCAAGUGCCCAUUCUGCAUUUAUUCCACCAACCGCCCCGCUGCCAUGGAGUGCCACCUCAAGACCCACUACAAGAUGGAGUAUAAGUGCCGGAUCUGCCAGACGGUGAAGGCCAACCAGCUAGAGCUGGAGACGCACACCCGGGAGCAUCGCCUCGGCAACCACUACAAGUGUGACCAGUGCGGCUACCUGUCCAAGACGGCCAACAAGCUCAUCGAGCACGUGCGCGUCCACACCGGGGAGCGGCCCUUCCACUGUGACCAGUGCAGCUACAGCUGCAAGCGCAAGGACAAUCUCAACCUGCACAAGAAGCUGAAGCACGCCCCACGCCAGACCUUCAGCUGCGAAGAGUGCCUGUUCAAGACCACACACCCUUUCGUCUUCAGCCGCCACGUCAAGAAGCACCAGAGUGGGGACUGCCCGGAGGAGGACAAGAAGGGCCUGUGUCCAGCCGCCAGGGAACCAGCCGGCCCCGGGGCCCCGCUGCUUGUCAUUGGGAGCUCCCGGAACCUCCUGUCUCCCCUGUCGGUCAUGUCCGCCUCCCAGGCUCUACAGACCGUGGCCCUGUCGGCUGCACACGGCAGCAGCUCAGAGCCCAACCUGGCACUCAAGGCAUUGACCUUCAGCGGCUCCCCUUUGCGCUUUGACAAGUACCGGAACUCGGAUUUUGCCCAUCUCAUUCCCUUGACAAUGUUAUACCCCAAGAACCACUUGGAUCUCACAUUCCACCCUCCCCGGCCUCAGACUGCGCCCCCCAGCAUUCCCUCACCCAAACGCUCCUUCCUCGCCUAUCUUGGACUAAGAGAAAGAGCAGAGACUGUCUGAGGGCAGCCAUGUUCCGUACCAAAAACAAAGAGACAAGGAAACAAACCCACAAAACUUAAAACACAACCCCAGCAGGUGUAUGUUGCUGCAAAACCUACCGACCCCCAGGGCUCUUGAGCCCCGUGUGCUGUAUGUCUUUAGGAAGGAAUAGAGAAUCGGCUCUGUGUGUAUAGCCACUGCAUUGACCUGGAAGCUGCUUUACCAAUCUUCAGAGAGGUGACCUGCUGCAUACUUCUACCUUCAGAGGCAUGCGUCCCCAGCCACCCACUCCCACUCUCAGCCCUUCUCCGGACUUUUAUCUGAAAGGAAUUUUGUCUUGUUAAACCCUAAAGAGAGUGUCCUUAAUAGCAAUCAGCACUUGUAAGCUUAUAUACUGGUGCAUUUUGUUUUCUGUUGGGUGAAUGGGGUGUGUGGGCGUUUGUGGAUUCUGAAAGAGAAAGCCGUGUGUCUGUGCCAUGCCAUUACUAUUGCACAUUCUUUGUACUGGCUUCUUUAACCGCGAUGAACACUCCUUCCGCUCCAGGGGCGUUCAUCCACUACCGUCUCUCCUGAGCGCCUUCGUCACCUUUCCCUCUAUUUUAUGGCUACAGAGUGGUAGGGCCUGGUGCUUAGUCGAUGAAGGAAUGGUUGACAUCCACAGUGCUGCUUGAGAUUUCCGACAGAGGGCCAGAGACCUUGUCUGCAGAUCUUCUCUGGUUAUGAAGAUUGGAGGAAUCGAGACCCAUCUGGAAGAAAUCUCUCACAGCACUGCAGCCAACAUCACAAAACAAGUGUGUUUUGUGUAUGUGUCCACACGUAUAUGAUGUGCUUGGUACACAUACACACACACACGUGCAUCAUUUUAAGGGCAGAUUUUACAUAUAUAUAUAUAUAUAUAUAUAUAUAUGUAUAUAUAUAUAUGAUGUAUUAAUUCAGUGGUUACCAUUUGUUUGCAGGAAAAAAAAAAUUAUAUGAGUGAAAAAUUUUAUGGUUGCUCAAUCCAGCCAAGGAGAUUAAAAGGGGUUUGAUAAAUUCUGGGUAUAAAUGCUCAGACUAAAAAAAACAAAACAGCAGAUUUGCACAGUGCUUUGGUCUUGCACUAGUUUUUGUUUCUCAUGUGCAAAAAAAAAAAAAAAAGGUAAAAGAGGAAGAAAAUGUACCUUUUAUAUGGAAUGAGUAGACUGUAUGUUUGAAAAUUUUGUCACAACCUCUUUGACACAUGACGACUCAACAAAAAGGUGCUGUUUAGUCCUCCCGUUCAGUUUAUGCCCCUGAGAAGUUUCCAUUGUGUUUGCAGAUGGUCUGGCUAUAGCGGUAUUCUCCCCAUUAUUAAUAGCUCUGUAUUCCAUGUUGUUAACGCCUGGUAGAUAGAACCUGCUAGGAGGCUAACUUUAUGCUUAUUUAAAGCUCUUAUUUUGUGGUCAUUAAAAUGGCAACUUACGUGCAGCACUUUAUUGCAGCAAGAAGCAGGUGUGGAUUGGUUGUGUGGCCCUUUGCUAAUCUUAAAGAGCAAUGGGUGAUUUAAAAAGAAGAAAAGGAAGAGAAUCUUGGGCUGAAUAUGUUCAUUGCUCAUAUUUUGAAGACAACAGAAUUUCCAGUUAUAAAACAGGCUGAAAGAGCAGGAAGAAAUGUCCUUUGUGUAGUAAUGGGAAGUUCGGAAUACAAAAGUUUAUACAUUAUUUAUCUACUGAAGAACUGGUGUAUUGGAGGAAUGCUUUCUUACUGCGUUGCUGUUUUCUAUCACGUGUUAUCCUAGAGUUGGGAUUUUUUUUCAUCUGUUUCACCAGGGAAAAUAAAAGCAUCCCUCAUUUUCUUCCUCUAGUCAGUUUGCUUCACUGAAAGCCCCCUUGACAUUGGUACAGUUCCACAGGAAGCCAGAAGACUGUACCAUCUGUCCACACCAUGGUCCCCCCCGCCCCACCUCCAUACCCACCCUUCUUCCCCCAGACGUAGCAAGUGUGCUACAAUCCCCUUCGCCAGUCGUCCAGCCCUGGCAAACCUGUUUACACUAAGGAGAUGUCCCCAGGGGCAGGGAGGCCAGACCAGCCAGAGCAGGAGGCGCCCGUACCCUCUGUCACUCUCCAGCAGAGAUAUUUGUUCUUGGCUGUGUUUGAAAUGUCGUUUAACCUUGCCAUGUCAAUGUCUCAGUAAAAGACACUAUAGACAGUUAUGGACAAUACACUCCAAGAAUACUGGGCUUAAGGGUGGGUUCGUUUUUUUUAAGUCAUGUCUUUAUCCCAUAUAAUGGAGAAUGUGCCACUUGGCUAAUAAUGUGCUUUCAAAAUUACAAGUUCAGUCAGUGAUGACAGGAAAGAGGGCCACAAUGAUCCCAUAGAAGCUGGCAGAAAAGAGUCACAUGUAAGCACCAGCAGGUUAAAAACCUGAAAGGGUGGCUCUGACAUUAGGACCACAGGUUGACAGCAUGCCACUUGUGCAAUAUGAGGUCCUAGGCUGAAACUUUCAAGAUCAAAAGGGGUGUUGGAAGAAGACGUUUACUGCUCAAAUGCCAUGCAUUUCACUGCUUGCCACUGAACUUGUAUUUGAAUGACUUAGUUAUGCUUAAUGUAAUUGGGCAACUUUUUUUUAGCACUUUGGAAAGAGUCAUCAAUCUUUCUGGUAAAUUAUAAAAGUUUUCUGAGUGAGAAAAGGUGUGUUUGGAGUUUGUUUGACUUUUUAUAUUAUUGUUAUUGUUAUUAAUAAAGAAAAACCUACAGCAUUUUUCAGACUCCACCAAGAUAAUAUAUACCCCUGAAUUUGGUUUGCAGUUUGAUACUCAGGGAAGGAUGUAUUCCAUAAAUAUCCUUUCCGUGUAAAACACUAACGUCUGAGAAAUUCACCUGCCAACUAACUUCAAUUCUGUUUUCUCUAUGCAUUCUUCAAUGAAAGCUAGCUUAUUUUUCCAUGUAGUAAUGCAGUUAGAGUUCUCAGCACUUUCUUUCUUCUAUCCUUUUUUAACUCCUCAUAUUAUGUUCAGAUGAUCAUACUGUCAAGGUUUGUGUACAUUACUGAAAAUUUGUAUUGUAUAAAGCUUUUUGCAUUACAAGGCUGUACAGGGUCAUUUUGACAGUAACUGGUAUAUUCCUUUGCAUCUUCUGUUGCAUUGCCAAUUUCUAGUGUAUCCAGUUUGGAAGUAUAAUAUACUCUAAUUAAAAAGAAAAGGUUGGCUAUA